GGGGGCAUGAGGGGAAUGCUCGCUUUGAAGGCGGGGAAGUCCUCCGACAUUCUCGCUCCUUACCAAAAUUCUUUACGGUCUCAUCUCCUAAACGCACCGCUCAGUGACGGCCUCGUACCUCACACCCACUGUCAAGCCCUAUAAAGAUACCUUUCCUUUCUUCAGAGAAUCGAACCGGCAAUGGCAGCCACCGCCUCCAGCACCGCGAGGUCGUUCAAGAUCGCUUUAGUGCAACUCUUGGUCACCGCGAACAAGCAAGCAAACCUGUCACUCGCCAGGACGAGGGUGUUGGAAGCCAAGAAGAAUGGGGCUGAAGUAGUUGUUUUGCCAGAGUGCUUCAACUCACCAUACGGCACGUCCCAUUUCCCCAAAUACGCCGAGCUCCUAGACGGCGAGUCCUCACAAGCCUUGCAAAGCAUGGCUAAAGAUGCAGGUGUAUAUUUGAUUGGAGGAUCGUUCCCAGAACAGGCCCCUAGUUCGACAUCAAGCCCGUCGAAAGGCAGCUUUUUCAACACCUGUACGGUGUGGGAUCCUACAGGGGCACGGAUCGGAGUGCAUCGAAAAGUGCAUUUGUUUGAUAUCUCGGUACCGGGAGGGAUCACUUUCAAGGAGUCUGAGGUGUUGAGUGCAGGCAACAAAGUGACUGUAGUGGAUACCAUAUUUGGAAAGAUUGGUGUUGGAAUAUGCUAUGACAUCCGUUUCCCAGAACUCGCCAUGAUAGCUGCCCGCCAAGGUUGCGUGGCAAUGAUAUACCCAGGGGCAUUCAACAUGACGACCGGCCCCUUGCACUGGGAGCUCUUAUUGCGUGCUCGAGCGGUCGAUAACCAGAUCUACACCGCAGCAUGUUCACCAGCACGAGAUGCCGGUGCAGGCUACAUUGCAUACGGGCACUCGUCCGUUGUAGAUCCCAUGGGAGCGGUGAUUGGAACGACGGAUGGGAAGGAGGAUAUUGUCUAUGCUGAUGUAGAUUUGGGGAAGAUCGCUUCCACACGGCAGGCGAUUCCGGUGACUACCCAGAGGCGGUUUGACGUGUAUCCCGAUGUCAGUGCGGGCUUUCGAUGAUCGAUGAGCUGCAUCCCAAGUACGUAGGUAGACUCGCGAUUGCUAGCAUAGA